UCUUCAGUCACAACACAAUUCUCUAUAAUUACAUAAACGGUUUAGCUAAUGCCUGGAGGUUCCCACUGAGAGGAUCAGAUUUUGUCAUAUCCAUUGCUAACAAAACGAAAUGUCAUUAAUCUCGUUCAUUAUCACGCAACGAGCAACACCGCGUUGCCUUCAGUACAAAAAUAUUCAAAAUUUUCAGUACUUUUAAAAGCAAACCUUCAAGUAGAAGAGAAACGCAUGAGAGGUUAAGUUCAGCAGAUGUACUAACUGUUGAAGCAGGAUGUCAACAGCAGAAUAUGUACUUAAUACAGGGUCAAUUCUUUGCAACCUGUCAACAUGGCGUCGUCAGAUACUGGUGGUGUGAAGCCGUUCGGUAUUGCGAGGCGUAUGGCACGUGAACACGAACGUCUGAUUGGUAUGACUGACGAGGAAAGAGCAUGGAGAAAUCAGUAUCUAAAAGAUCAAAUCUUGCACCAUGAUGAGCCGGUCAUAAGCGACGCUCAAGUGUUCAGACAAAAUUUGAACCCGAUAAGAAGAUUUUAUAGAGCACCUCUCGACAAAUUCGAGGAUAUGCUUGUCAAACCGUUGGGUUCCACAUGGGCACUGAGAGUACGUUUUAUGACUGGAAAAAUUAUCAUGGGAGUUUUCUUCACAUAUGCCACAUAUUACUAUUUCAAAUAUAAUCAAAAUACCUGGAUGCGCAAAGGUGGCUGGAGAGUAAUUCAUUCUAGAAAACCUGUACUACCUGGAGACCCAGGGUACCCUCAAGUCUCAGAUCGUACGAAACCCAGUGACUAUGCUAGUCGUGGAUUUAAAGAUUCCCCGAUAUAAAAAAUGAAAUUACACAAUUUCUAGUACCUUAGUUGUUAUUAUUAUACACAAGAUAAAUGUGAUGUAAAGAUUGUA